AUUGCUGGAUUAUUAACAAAUAUUGGAUCAUCUCAUGAGGCGAGGGGAGCACCGAGUUGGGGAAAUGAGUCCGAUCGUUGCACGGAUGCUUGCUUAGUUCUGGUCUUUCGUGCAGCCUGCGAACUCUUGUCAUGGAAAAAUACAGGGCCUCGACCCCACUAUGCACAUUGUCCCAUUAUUAUUGUUAUAUUAUUAGAGUCCUUAAAAGCGAAAUGAUCCCUCCCUGUCUCGUUCUCUGUCGAUUGUUUAUUUUAUAGUCGUUUUCAUAGUUGCAGUCCUGCAUUAACGAUGUCGUCCGUGUGGAAAUAACGUCCAAUUCCAUAAGCGCAGGAUAGUGUGGUGCAACGGUUUGUUGAAAUAAAAAAAGUGCUUUGAUGUUCAAAGUCUUCACCUGGGGCUCCGGGUGGGUACCUGCGAGCCGGUGCGGUGGCUAAGCCGACGGGUUAGCUUUGGCACCGCGGCUACGUAGCCAACACGCUAACGUCGACCGGAGCUGGCUAGCCAGUGAGGCCGCCAUUGAACGCCGGUGCCGCAGUCCAGCGACACCGGCGGAACGUGCUGAAUACAAAGUUUGAACCGAGCUGCGGUGUUUUUUUUUUUUUAAAGCUUAAAACGGUUAUUAAAAUACGAGAUGUGUUCAUGGGUUGUAGCGCUACCUGUGCGGUCGUUUCAACCGUAAAAACAACUUUUUACUAGCUUUCCCCUCCCUCGCUGUUAGUCAUCUUUGUCCUAGCUGAACUCUUAUUAGCUUGCUAUCUUUAACAUUAGCUUCCGAGACAGAGCCAGAUCCUAAAUAUUAUUAUAUUACUCGUUGUUUUUCAAAGAUAGAUCUUUGACAAGACGUUCGUGUUUUCUCACAUGGAAGACGCUGGGCGGUUGACUUAUUUGGACAUGGCUCGGGGCUUUGCCGCCUGCAUCCAAUGCGGUUUGGGGAGGGCGGAAGCUAAGUUGGCUUACGUUAGCUCGCGGCAGCCAUCUUAAGCGAGCAUUGUAGCUGCUGCGGUGGCACGACAAGAUGGCCUGUUAAUAAGCGCCGAAGAGGACCGUUUCCGUGUCGUCGACCUCGCCCUUGAUUCGCAUCGAAACAUUUUUCGCCACCCCUCAUUUUCGUUAGGUUUUCCCUGGCAUAUCGGAGCGUUCCUGUGAUCGCCACGGGAACAGAUCUGGCUCAACUCCUCUCUUUAUUUUUAUUUUUUUAUUAUUUCCCCCUCAAACAAGCAAUCAAUCAAAGACACUUGAGGUCUGCGCGCUGACAAACGGCACCGGCGCCGCGCUCGACCGAACCAGGAUCGAUACCCAGUUUCAUACGUAGUCGAGUUACCGUCCGGCAGAAAAAACGGAGGUCGUGGGGCUGGAGUGUGUGCUCAUGGCGGAGUCGGAGACUGAAUGUGACACGCCCGGCCUCGACACGCUUGGGUCGGAGUGCGUCAUAGCCCACAGCCAUGUCGACCUGCACUAUGGAGCCGAGACCGAAAUCAUGACCGAGGAGAAGCGCGGUCUGGAGUUGGAGAUCCACGGCACCGAACUCAAGAUCCAAGGGCUGGGGACGGACCUCGGCGCCGUGACGUGCGUGGACGCCAUCGUGGAGACGGACCACGAUUACAUCAAGGUGGAGCACGACGACAUGCACUGCUUCGCCGGCGCCGAGAUCAAGACGUCGUCGGGCGAGGCGCUCCUCGGGGAGGUGCUGCUCAAGGCCAACGAGCACGAGAUCAAAGUGGAGUCUGACCACGGCGGCGAGCUGACGGUGGAGUCCGAGAACGGCGUCAUCAUCCACGAGGCGCACGGCCUGCAGUGCAACGAGUGCGGCGAGAUCUUCGGCAGCAUCUCCGACCUGCACCAGCACUUUGAGAUCCACAAGGACCUCAACCCGUACAUCUGCGUCCACUGCGGCGAGAGCUUUGCGGUGGAGGCCAGUCUCAAGCAGCACAUGAAGAUCCACAUGAAAGAGAAGCCCUACGUGCCCCCGGGCGUGGAGAUCAUGGGCAAGGACGUGAUCGACGCCUUCAGCCUCAAGUCCCACCAGAUGAUCCACCUGCCCGACAAGCCGCACCGCUGCACCGAGUGCGGCAAGAGCUUCGCCGCCGCCAUCACCCUGCGCGAACACAUGAAGAUGCAUUCGGAAGACAAGCCCUACAAGUGCACCCAGUGCCGGAAGAGCUUCGUCCGCAGGAGGCACCUGAAGAAGCACCAGGAGGUCCACGCCCGCGAGAAGCCGUACACGUGCGGCCAGUGCGGCAAAGGCUUCGCCACCACCUCCAACCUGAAGCAGCACCAGAAGACCCACGCGGCCCACGCCGCCGUGGUGCUCAGCGAAAAGCCCCACCGCUGCGCGCAGUGCGGCAAGUGCUUCGCCGCCGCCGCCACCCUGCGGGAGCACCAGCGGGUCCACUCGGGCGAGAAGCCGUACAAGUGCAACAUGUGCCGGAAGAGCUUCGUGCGCAAGCGCCACCUGAAGAAGCACCAGCAGGUCCACGCCGGGGGCAAGCCCUACACGUGCAGGCACUGCAACAAGGGCUUCAACCACUCCUCGUCCCUGUCGCGCCACCACAAGACCCACUUGCAGGGGCCCGUGUUCUCGGCGCCCCAGCCCGGGAAGCCCAUGGCCUUCGGGAGCCCCCCCAAGCAGAGGGUCCACCUGCAGGGGGAGAAGCCCUACAUGUGCCACCACUGCGACAAGGGCUUCAACCAUUCCUCGUCCCUGUCGCGGCACCAGAGGGUCCACUCCGAGGGGAAGGGCUACACCUGCGGCCACUGCGGGAAGGUCUUCAACCACUCGUCGUCGCUGGCGCGGCACCAGAGGGUCCACCUGGAGAUCAAGCAGGAGGCGGCCCCGCAGUCGCCGCCGCUGCCCCUGCCGCUCCCGUCGGCCGAGCAGUACGGCGCCAUCCCCUCCCCCAAGGUCUUCCCCAACAACGCCUUCCCCAAGCAGCACCUCCUCUCCGAGAAGCCCUACCGCUGCACCCAGUGCGGGAAAGGCUUCAACCAUUCCUCCUCCCUCUCGAGACACCACCGGAUCCACUUGGAGUGAGCGCUCGGCAGACGAAACCCCCCGUCCCCCACCCUCCCGCGCGCUUCUCGUCUAACUCUUUACUGCCUCCGCCGCAAGACCAGUCAGGCUGACUCCUAUGGAUGUAAAUGUGGUCGGAAGACGGACGUGACUGGAAGGACUGAUUGGUCGUCGGCUUAGAUUUUUUUUUUUUGUUGUUUUUCUCGCUUGCGCAGGAACUCUAUUUUGAACACUUUUAAAAGGAAAUAAUGAAAUAAAAUAAAAAAUAAAAAAGUUCCCCAAUCUUUUUGGUUGAACCUCCGCUCAGAAAGCCACAGGAGCGCGUUCGACUCGGUUCGUUCGAUGCCGUCAACUCACCGGAACUCAAAACGAUUCAUCCCCCCCCCCCCCCACCCUUGUAAUCCUGUGUGAAGCAAAAUCCUCUGUAAAUACAUGUCGAUUUCUUUUAUAUAUGUAUAGGUGACUAGUGUGCUGUUCUCCCCCCCCCCCCCCCCCAAAAAGAAAAAUGACAUUUUUGAUAGUAAGACCGACUGAGGUUGUCCCACCCCACCCCCCGGCUCCCCCUUUUUCAGACUGAGUUUCGGGUGUUCAAAAAGCCGCAGUUGAAUUUGCCACAGUGUAUAUUUAUGAGGUUAUUUUCUUGUAUGUCGACCACGGCGCGGUAUUGUACAGAGAGCAAUAUUGGCUUGACGCCCCCCCGACGCAAUAACUUUCGCCCGCGAGACAAUUCCUGAAAGAAUAAAAAACACCUUCUGGUUAGCAUAUUCCACCAGUCUCCUU